AGAGAUAAAUCUCAACAACGAAGAACGCGUAGAAUCAUUAUUGCGAUGGAAACUCUUCCUUUGUUUCAAUUUUUCAAUCACAAAGCGAAACGCUUUUGGUAAAUCUGAAACUUUUGUCCGUCGAUGUUUUCGUCUCGAGUGGUGCUAAAUUUUUUUCCCCUUCUGAUUCUUUCUUUUCUUUAUUUUUUCGUCUGGUAUUUCUGUAUGACUGUUCCCUUUGGAUUUUCGCCUUCUUUCGCCGACGAUCUUUUUCUCUCCGUCGAAAGAACGGCGUUUCGACGUUGUAGUCGUCCGCUACUCUCCGCUGUUUAAAUAUAAACCGAAGCGCAGAAGUGGCCAGCUUCCAGUUUGGGCGUCGCGACGCUCGUGGAACAUACAUCCGACGAAAGGCUAGCUAGAAAGGUCUCCUCGUGCUUAAACGAACGCGAGUUCAGUUCUCGUGGAUCGUCCAUCAACCCAGCAUUUCGACGAUUUUCGAGGAGGAAUUUGGCCAGGGAUCCGUUUUCUAAACACCUUGGAGCAGAAUCGAGAAUUAUAAAGUCGUAAAUCAUUUGUGAGAAGAAUCGAGUGGAUCGGUGCUAAAAGGAGCAGCGUUUAAACGAUUGGAAAUUUCCGAAUGGUUUCACCGUUCAAGACAAUCGACGCGAAAUCCCUGAAUCGAGAGAGUUUAAUUGGAGUAUCAGAGAUUUUUUUUUUGAACCUCCCAAACGAGAAAGUGGUGGGAAAUUUUCAAUCGGCACUCAGGGUGGUCAUAGUUCGAAACUCAUCCAAAAGUUCAGCCAACUCGAUCCGGAGAAGUCUGUAUAGCAGCAAGUAGAAAUCGGAGCUCGUGUUUUCGCGAUGUAGCAAGAGGCUUUGAUUAUCACCCGGGGGAGUAAAAAGUUUUUCAAGAAGUUUCAUCAGAAAACACGAGAAACUGAGAGCCUACGAAGAGACUGGAUAUUCGAUAACCUUGAUUUUCCUUGCGAUUUCUCAACGAAUGUUCUUGCCGUCGAUGCAAGAAUAGUUGAUCGGUUUAUAAAAAGGUGUUUAUAGGAACGUUUUAGUAGUUUCGUGCAAAAUAUGUCUUCGAACGUAAGACAAAGAUAUCGCAUUACGAUCUACCUUAGCGACGGGGUCAUCGUGUUUUACAUCUGAAUUUCACCAACAUUUCAUACUUCACGGAAGAUUCUCCUUUAUUCCACGAACCGUUCAGACGAAAUCCUUCCUGUUCUCUUUUUUCUCUGGUUCAAAGUUUCCGAAACUCGACGGUGGCGACUGAUUAAUUCGUUCGCGAGCGGAAUACCGUGCGCCAUUCAUCUUUGUCAAGGGACGAAAGACGAGCGAAGAUCCCGAGGGAUCGGAGAAAAAUAGUCGGAAAGGGAGACAACCACGGCAAGAAAGGAACCGCUCCUUCGAGUCCGCCACUUAGAAAACGUUAGUUGAAUCGCUUAGCUGGUCGUUGCACCGGAACGACGUCGGUCUGCGUGACAAUCACGAGGGACCGGUCGUACGUGCAAGCUUAGAAUCAGAAAAACCAAUCGACCGGGUCGAGAGAAAGCGAUUCGUGUCCUAAAGCGAAGUCAAAAACACCAACUCGACAAAUUUGUCUGGAAGAAUUCGUUUCCAAAACUUGCGAGAUAUUUCGAAGAGCUGGUUAAAGAUAUCUGCAAGAUCGCAAGAACAUCUUUUGUACAGUGACUAAUCUAUCGAUCAGCUGAUGAACGGUUCUCGCGAUUGAGGCCAAUGUUGUACCAGUUGCAAGGCAACGUUUCAAUCGUUUCAUUCGAAAGGAAGCAAGAACCGCUGUUACAAUAGCGAUCGUUAUUGUGUACGAGACAUACAAUUUAACCCAUUAUCGUUUCGUCGUGAUUAUCGAACUCUUCUGUCCAUUAGUUUUGUUGCAAAGGUUAAGUACCAAUCCAGUAAGCGAAAGUCGAUUACGUAAGAUAGAUCUCGUAUCUGUAGAAAUUGAUUUUUGAUUUCAAAUUUAAAGUUUCAUUAUGACUUGCCCUUUGAAAGGUACCACACCAGUGGCCGUGCCCACGGUGGUGAAUUACUAUUCGCGAAAUUUUCAUUUGCCAGUUUUUAAACGCGUCUCGACAGUGAACACCGUGUCCGUGGUAUUUUUGCCAUCUCCUUUAAAGAUAGCGACCGGAACGUAAGAAUGAGCAGUCGUAUAAAUUUCAUUAUACACAGUCAAGACGAUACUAUAAUUUUCAGUGUUAGCGAAUAUGUUAUCGUUUCUAUCCAUUUGUCUCGACGUAAGGUAAAACGGAGGCGGUACACGCGUUGCUCGUAAUUUUAGAAGAUUUCAUUGCGUAAGAAUUGAGGAAAGUCGGCGUGUUUCGCGUUGCUAAAGAUAAAUAACCAUUUGCUAAUCAACUGAGAAUAUCGCGACAAUUUCGCUACCAGCGUCUCAAUUAGAAAGUCAUGUACGUCAUUUAUGUACCGCGUUAUUUUAUCGUUAAUUUUUAUUCGUAAAACAUAUAAUAACAUGUAAGAGUAAUAAUUGAAUAAAUGUAUACGUUUAUUAAUCAAUGUAUCCAGCGAAUUCGUUGGCGAAGGUUCUACAUUUAUCUAUGAAAUUAAUAUGCGGAUACAUUGACUAAUAAGUGUAUACAUUUAAUGAAUUAUUAGGACACUCCUGGGUGCUAUACAUAUGUACACUGCCACAAUUUUUGCAUCAUGUUACACGGGGGAUCUACUGUAUCGAAAGCAGCAAUAAAUCGAUCGGAACGGUGAACCAAACGAGGAGAAUUAUUAUUUUUUCGACUUUCUUUGGUCCCUCGUUCGUCCAAGUUCCCCGAGUCCUUCGACGUCGAUUUCAUCGCGUCACCGUUAUGGAUUACCCGCAUGACUCCUUGUCGCGCCCAUUAAUCUUCGUAAUUAAGCGACCGUUUACAUGCGACGUGGAAAUAUCUCGCGCAUGUACAUAAAUCAUCGCCAUGAAGGUGAAAGUUAUUAAGUGUUUUUAAUACUAGCAAUAACGUAAGAUCCGGCUAAUUUUUGAGAUUAGGAGCAGUAUAAUUCUGAAUAAGAGUUUUACGAUUCUGCCUUUUCCUAUUAAAGUUUCUAUCAACAGCUAGAAACAAAAGAUCGGAUAAACGGGACGUCUUCAAGGAUGAUGAGCUGGCAGGCUCGGUAGAACGCAUCGUUCGCCGUGUUUCGUUGCAAUUUCAAAGAUCCUCGGUCAAACGACACUCGGCGAGUUUGGAAAAGUUCCAAAGACGAUGGAGUUGAGGCUACAUUUUUCGGCCACCCCCGAAAAAAAGAAAGAAACGAGAUCUCUCACUCGAAUAAAACGCAUUAACGUUGAGACUCGUCGAGUGUUUUGGCACGGAAUCGCCGAAAAUAUCGGUCUAAAGAAGCUGCAGAUUAACGUCGAGCUAAAUAUAUCGCGUUGUUGCAGUUUUUCAAGCGUCGAGCUCGUUCUUUAUCAUGUACAUAGCAAUCUGACGUUAGAUAGCUCGGGAUCGGGUUGAUGCUCUUCGUCCUCGUCUGAAAAUAACCGGACACGCCCUCGUUACGAUGUUUUCGUCGGUCCCUUGCUCAUUAGCGCUCCAAAUGAAUCGGUCUAGCUCGCCAGCUACACCGCGUGCACGCUAGCCAUCGCUCGUUUGCUCGUGAAAAGUUAACAUAGAAUCGUUCUCGAUACGAUAGCGACAGAUCACGAGUUUCGUUCGAAUACGCGAACCGAUACGUUUCAACGAGACGAGGGGAGAAAAAACGUUAAUCGCGAUCCUCCUAUCCGUUGGAGUUUUAAUUAAUGGAGAAGAGAUAAUAAAGAGGGACCCGAGGGAAAUUGUGGCUCCGGAGAAGGGCCACGAUUAAAAUAGAAAACUGGGUCGACCCUGAAGCCAGAUGAAAAGUUGCUGCCUCUUGCCGCGAGUAUCGAACACGUAUUCCCGUUAUCGAACCCUAUUUCGAAUGAAACUCGUCGCAUCUUUACUUCUUCUCUCUUCUAUCUUGUUUUUUUUUUUUCUUUUUCGGAGGCUGCUUUAAUUAGAAAAGUGCACGCGGUUCGCGCCAGAAUGGACGCAUUUUUUUUUCGCGCACCAAGAGCAAGGAUUUUCUCUAUCGACCGACGGGGAUUCCAGGAAAGUUUGUUGAAACGAAAGUAAUCAUUUCGAAUGGGGCUUUUUUCAUAUUUCCGCGCGGAACGUUUGAAAAAUAGAACGGGAAAUAAUUGCGUUCCGCGAGAUGAAAAUACUCGUUCCAGAUUUUCCGCCUUUCUCUUAUUUUUUUAAUCCCCGUAUGAAUGCAUUUUGUUAUGAAAAGAAAACAUUUUGCCGGUUUGUUUUUUGGUUUUGUUCGUGGCGAAACGUUGGAAUCGGGAGGGGAGUUUGCAUCGAACUUGGCUGUUCGUUUUCGAAUUUAAUCGGGGUACAAUGGUCGUAACCCGACGACAUCGAGACCUCUCGCGAGAAUACAAUGGGGAAGUAAAUUUCCUUUCGACAAUCUGUAAAACAAUAACUGUUCUUCGACUUCCGUUGCGAACCUCUCUCUAUUUAUACCCAACGAAAAAUUUCUGUUAAUCGAACGGUAAUCAGCGUAUGGAUUAAGAUUACUCGUUACAAAUUCCGGCAAACUUUCGUAGCCUCUGGUAUUUAUAAACACAGCUGCGUGUAGUGGUUCUGAACUGGUUGACCCGGUAUGUAUUCUAAUUUCGUGACUAGUGCUCGUAGGUUCACCGAAGUAUCCGGGCCGUUAGCGUUUCUCCCUGAAGAGGUCUCUUCCACAUGCUUUUAAUUGAAUUACUUGAUUAACCUAAGGUUACACAAUCGUAAUAGGAAGGUUAAACAGCUGUUUGCCUACACGUCCUCUGCCAAGGACUUAUCAAAUGUCGAUCGACCGCAGAAUCUACGCGAAAUGGAUGUAAAAAAAGAAUUUCAACGCGUAACGCUUGUUAACACGCGAAUAGUAUCCACCGACUGCGCACAAAGGACGCCCUGUUACGCAAUCUAUGACAAUGACAUUGGUGACAAUCAUUGAAUUACCUGCUAAGCGCAAUCGACUGUAGUUUCGCGCGAUUCUCGUUGGAAGAAGCUCGUUCCGCGAUGCGAUCCUCCAUCUAUCCGUUUCAACCAGUCUCGCGGUGUAUUCAAUGUGCGAUCUUGAACUUGAAAGAGUAGAACACAGUCAGCCAGACGUUUAGAAACAUCGCCUAGACGCUUAAAUAAUAAUUCUUCAGAAUUGGUUCGUUGAACCAGAAGCGGAGCGGUUCGUUGUUAUCACUUCCAGGCUGUAAGUUGGCUCGAUUUCGUGGCUCCAUCACGCGACAGCGCCUUAAGACGCGAAAAUAGAGUCUGUAGAUCGCCGAUGCAGGCGACGCGACGCCGGCAGAACGCGUAGCUAUACGCGUUUAGUCUUUAACUGGAAGCAUCCGCGUGCGGAACAAGCCACCUCCUCGUACUCAUCGAGACGAAGAAUCUCUUUCGAUCGGACAGUGCCGAGCCAGUCAGUGCGAUUCUUUCGUCGAAACGAAUCAAUUCUGUCGGUCGAGGAACGAUGCAACAAGUGCAUCGAAUCGGAGCCGAUGCGUGGAAUUUUCCUCGAUCGAGUCAAAAUUCUUGAUUCGUCCUCAUGCAUCGUUAACCGAUCGAUCGUUGCACGAUCUUCCAACGAGUCACGAGUCGACGGUGGCCUUUCCGAAUUCGACCUCUCUCAGGCACGAUCUUUUCUUCGAAUCUUUUGAUGCGUUGAAUCGUAUCGACCACGACGACGAGCAUCGAAAAACGUUCGAAGCGGCUCGAUAAAUCGCGAAUCGUUAGCGAAUCCGAGAGAAGAUCCUAGGCAGAGAGGAGUGGUUCGAAGUGGAAUGGAAACGAAAACGGACGAGCCUCGAAUGGACGAUCUCGAUGAAAAUCCGUUCGAUUGGAUGAUUUGUAAAAGCGGUGCCCGUCGAAUAUUCGCCGAAAGCUUGCUCUCUUGCGUUCGAUACUGCGCGAACCAAGUCCCAAAGAGAAUGACCCUGGAUCGGCUGCGAAUCCUGGCCGCGUUGCUGGUUAUCCUUAUGCCCAGACCUCUAACUUACAUUCUGUUAUAUCCAAUUUUCAGAUUAGUCUUCGGCAAUUUAUACCCGGCCUACGCAUCCUACAAGGCGGUUAGAACGAAGAAUGUAAAGGAAUACGUGAAAUGGAUGAUGUAUUGGAUCGUAUUCGCGCUGUUCACUUGCGCGGAAACCUUCACAGACGUAUUCUUCAGCUUUUGGUUCCCCUUUUAUUAUGAAAUUAAGACGAUCCUAGUAGUAUGGCUGUUAAGCCCAGCGACGAAAGGUUCGAGCAUCCUGUACCGGCGGUUCGUUCACCCAGCCUUGAUCCGGCGCGAAGCUGAGAUCGACGACGCUUUGGCUCGCGCAACCGAGCAAGGUUACACGGCGGUGUUACACCUCGGCACCAAGGGUGUCAAUUACGCCACCACCGUGCUAAUGCAAACCGCCAUCAAGGGUGGUGGCGGUUUGGUGCAGCAUCUGAAGAAAAGCUACAGCCUGAGCGACCUGACCGGCGAGAAGGAGGACGAGAAUAGAAACACGCCGCACAUGCACGACGAGACGGACAUGGAAGUGGAGCCUCGUCGAAGGGAACACGUCGGGAGAAGAAGUUACAGUCCUCGUCGGACGCAGUCGAGUAGCAACCGCGUGGAGAUGUACUUCUCCGAGGUGGAUGUGGAUGUCAGACAGCCGAGAUCCAGGGAACCAACGGCUAGCUUAACUAAUAUAAGGUCCUCGGACGAUAUUUCCAGCGGUUACAGUAGCGGAGAAGCGCUGCAAUCCACUCGUACGUUGCAGGGUGACUCGUUAGUUCGAACGUCGAGCGUCGGUGCAAGAACACGGGCAAAACCUCGCUCUGCCACGAAGAAGACCACAGAGGACUCAGGAGAGGAUACCGACGGCAACGAUCCUCAUUCCUCCACAAACAUCUCAUUUCCGUCACCUUUGACUCGCGUGACUCCUGAACAAGCUCUCGAGAUCUUGCUUCUGCUCUCGCAAAACAGCAAUGUUGCUGAUUAUAUCAAACUCGAUCGUGGCCCCUUUCUCGCAGGUAACAACGAUCAUUCGCUCGAAAAUACCAGUCAAUCAGGCCCGCAAUUAUGUGGAAAGGAAUCGGAAUCAAUCGAGCCCGUUUCAGUCGCGGAGGUGCAAAUUAUUCAGAGUAUAGAAACGAAAACUGUCGCUGAACAUCCGUUGCCUAUAAGUAGCAUAAAUAAAGAUGCACAGGUAGAACAGAUUAAAUUAAAAGACGAUGAAAUUGAAGCUAAGAUUACAGACGUUCCAUCGACAGCUCCUGAAGAUUCCGUCGAUGAUUCGAAUCGCACGGUAAGCGACGAGCUGUGUCAGAAUAAAUUCGACGAACUGAAGCAGCUUCUCAGUGAUGCCCGCAAAGCUGUUAACAGUAUCGUGCACACUCAAGAAGCGAGUGUCACGGAGAUAACCGUACCUGAAAAAGAUUCGUCGUCGAAUGUGGAUAUCAAGGAAGUGGAGAAUACCGAAGACGUUAAGGUAUCUACAGAGGCAACAGAUUUAAUAGUUAUUAAGGACGUUUCAGAGAACGAGAACGCCUCGUGCGUGGACGAUUGGACAUCCUCGAACGCGAGUAGAGCAGGGAAAUACAAGAAGAAACCGGCGCCGAAGGCUCCCCUCACAAAAAGCGAGGAAGACCUGGAGGAAACUGAUUCCCAGAACGCGUUAAAAGCCACUUUGGUCAUCAAAACUGGGACUUUAAAGACGUUCUCGAAUACUAGCUCAACGAAAGACGUGUUCAUUGCUCACGUUUCAGAUGCGAAGCCAAAAGGGAAGAAGUCCAAGAGACAACGUACCAAAGAUGGUUUCUCGAAACUGUUGACGAUCCCGAAAAAUAUCUUUCACAGUGCUUUUUCUAAAGAACAGAAGGGCUCGGCCAAGUCCGAGGACUCCGUUUCGGAUAUCUCCGAAUCCAGAUCGAACAGCAUCGAAUCGCAGGAUACGAUCAUCGAAUUAGCGCCGAAGCAUUCGAGCUCGAAUCGAGAGAUAAACUUGCAAACUGACGAUACGUCGAACAGUUCGGACAGUUAUGUUCUAGCGGCGAACAACGAUGCAGAUGAGGUGAACGAAGUUAAAGAAGAAGCGAAGGAAGCUGAGAUUAACGAGGAUAAACCACCUGCGACGAUGAGUUCGGAAUCACAGAUCAGAGAGAUGUCUCGGUCACCUAAAGCUGGGAAAAGAUUGGAAUCAGAUAUUUAUUAAGAAGCUUUCGUUGAUGUUACGAGUAUAACCAGCUUCGCUACCCUCCCCCGCAGCAAGAAGACAAGCAAGAAGAAGGUGGCAUGAAAUUUAGGACCGGCUGCUGAUCGCAUCAAGGAAUAAGACCGAACAUCGUCCUCGCACUACGAAGUGCAUGAUCAGCAGCGAAAUCUCACGGAACGCGUGUAAAUGCAUAAUGCAUCUAACGACGUUGUGUGCUACCACUAGCAUUACUCGGAUCGUUUGUACAUAUUUGCCUCGUGAUACGAAAUUCUUCUCGAUUUACGUUCGAGUAUCCUUUUUAAAUAUUAAAACCUUCUGCUCCAAAGGAUUUAUAUGCAGUUUUAACAAUUUAAUUAACGUUUCUUUCCAUUUGCCAUUGGUAUUUUAUUAUUUUAAUACUAGCUGUGUAUCGAAUUUCAAAGUAUCGGCUUUAAAAGAUAAAAUGAAUAAUUGUUAAAUAAUCGAUGGUUUGUCAUAAAUAGCACCGUUGUUCAAGGUCAUCCAAAAGAUUCGUGGUUUCACCUUAUUGCUUUCGAAUGCAUAACGUUGUUCGGGUCAUUAAGUAAGAUUCGAACCGAGUUUUUAUAUGUAUAUGAUAACGGAAUGGUGAACGAUAUCAGAGGAGAGGAAGGAAGCAGUGUGCUUAUUGCACUCGAUCAAUGCGUUGCUUAGGAUCAAGCGUAGAUUUUACCGACAAAGACACGCGAUGUGUCUCCGAUAUAUCCAGGAAAAUCGCAUGGAAUUCUGUUUCUAAGCUUUUCUAUAAUGUAGUCUCGAUGUUUUGUAAGACGAUUUGUCAGGGGCGCGUGAUGAAACAAAGAGGAGGUUGCGUUUAAUGAGAAAGAAAUGAAUUCUAGUCAGCAAACAAUACUUACUCGGGCAGCUGUCGACUAGUGCCACUUGAAAUUUUCUUAAUUAGCGAUUGUUUAGCGAGAACCGCAAAGAUUAAACCAGAAACUAUCGUACGAAUUGGGUAUUUUUCACAGGAAUUAGAAAACGAAUUGCUGCGCAUAUUUGUAAAAACAGUAGGUGAUAAUUGUAAGGUCCCGGUAACGACGAAUUUAUCCGAAACGCUGUUGAACGUUAGCGUGUGAUAAUUCUUCGAUUUUAUAUGCUUCUGUUCGAGAGGGUUCAAACUAGAAUGGAGCAGAGAUGAAGGAGACGUACCUUGCGUUUUCUACUUUCAAGAAAGAUUAACUUGCACUUCCUUUAAAGUCUGUUUUGUUCAUUUUUACCAUGGUGAUAUAUAUUAAUAUUGCGAAACUUAAUUUGUUCGUAACCAAUUUGAUCCUUGAACCCUCGCUUGGAUCUAGUGCAUAUUACUCUCGUAAUUGCAGCUGUUCAUAUUUUUAUUUGGAUGCACGAUUAUCGUGCGGAGGAUUUACGCACAAGCGCUGCAACUAUUUCAAAGUAGAAGCGGCAAAAUAUUUAAUUACAAAUGUUAAUGAAUUCGUUCAUAUAUAUCAUUUAGGGAUCUGUUAUUGUAUAAUUGUUGUUUUUAUCAUUGCACAUUCUGUAAAAUAUUCAUGGCUGUAAAUGAUUAGGAAAAAAUGCAGCUGAUGCGAGGAAUGAAUUUUUCUUUCAGAAUUUGAAAAGAAGCAAUCAAAGCUUUGACUCUAAGAUCAGAACUUUCGCAAACGUCUUUUAGCAUUUGCUGCAUUUUUUUUCAUAAGACCUUGAUACUUAAAGCUCGCCAGAGAAAGCUAAUUAAUUGCAAUUUACAUGUAUCGUUAAUCCUUAGCUACCUUGAUAUUUGAGUGUGAAUGCAAGUGUAUGAAAAAUUAUGAAAGAAAGUGAAAGAGUGAAAGAAAGAAGAAACGAAUAAGAGAAUAUGCUCAAUUAAGAUUCUUUGCCCAUAUUUAAUGGGAGGAAAGAAAAUUCUUGAACUCCUACAGUAUCUCAAUACUGUUCGGGCUUUGUUCUUUGUAAUUAUUAAGCCUUUUUGGCGCACCGAUUAUGUGCCGCAAACUAUAUGGUGCUGCAAACUUUUUAAUUUAUUUUAUAGUUAUAUACCCUGGCAGCAUAAGAAAAACGUGUUCUGAAUGUAGAGAAUAUUGAAAAGUUUAUGGAGGGUGUGGAUAGAUUGGUUAACAGUAUUUCGGUUUAAGUAUGUCUGUAGUUAAUAAAGUGACAUUAAAGCAUUAUACAAUAAUUUAACUG